CCUUUCAUCACUUUUAAAAGAACAAGAGCCAAAAGCAAAAGCUACGAAAGCAUUUGAAUCCUUUUCUCAUCGAAGCAUUGAUCCUUCAUCAACACGUACAGACAGCCCCAGCAAAGCAUUGAUUGAGUCUUCUGCUUACCAUUUGUUCACCAAAGUAUUGAUUGCAAAUUAAGUGAAGACUGAUAUUCAGUGUUCUACUGUUUGAUCUUUCUUGAUAGCUCCUUGCCAAUGGUGAAGACUGAGCACAAGAUCCAACCAGAGCCAUCAAAGCAAAUGACAUCAUCAACAUCCCCAACAUCACCAUCGUCCUGCAAAAAGAAGAAGUACAAGGGAGUUAGAAUGAGGAGCUGGGGAUCCUGGGUGUCAGAGAUUAGGGCUCCAAAUCAAAAAACAAGAAUAUGGUUAGGGUCUUAUUCUACACCAGAAGCAGCUGCUAGAGCCUAUGAUGCUGCACUUCUAUGCCUCAAGGGUUCCUCAGCAAAUCUCAACUUCCCCAUUACAUCCUCUCAGUACAUUCCUGAUACCGUUAUGUCUCCUAAGUCAAUACAAAGAGUGGCUGCAGCAGCUGCAAAUAGUUUUGUUGACAAAGCCACCACCCCACCAAUAUCUCCAUCUCCUCCCUCCAUAUCAUCAUCAUCAUCCGUCUCUUCCCCAUCAAUGUCCUCCUCCCCAUCUGAUCAAGUUGAUGAUGAUGUGUCACUAAUGCAAUCUCUUGUGGCUAACGACGAGCCUAUUUCUAUGAUGGAACCAUGGUACUCCUUGGACAGCCUGCAUUCUCCCAAGUAUAUUGAUCAGAUGUUCAACUUAGCCUCAUUUGACCCUCCGACAAUGAUCGAUGAUUUUUAUGAGGAAGGUGAUAUUCGUCUGUGGAGUUUCUGCUAAGGGAAAAAAAUUAAAUUCAAAGCAAAAACAAAGUCAAGGCAUUACACCAUUCUUUUUGUCUAUUCCUAUUCAUUGAUGAUCUUCAAAUUGUUGCUUGAAGAUGUUACUGACAGUGACCAAAAUUCAUAUUUUAGUUUAUUUUUGAGUUAGGAAAAGAAUCCACACGGAGAUGAAACAUUUUUUUGGAACUUCAAGUGGGGAU